AUGGCUCCAUCAACUAUGAAGCAGUGGGUUGUUGUGGAUAAGGAGAAUGGUUUUGAGAGUCUUAAUUUUAAGGAAGCUCCUGUGCCCAAGUGUGGUGAAAAUGAGGUCCUCGUCAAGCUACACGCUGCGUCGCUCAACUAUCGUGAUCUGAUCAUCCCAAAGGGAAUGUACCCCUUCCCUCUUAAAUUCCCCGUUGUCCCCGGUUCCGAUGGUGCCGGCGAGGUCGUCGAGGUCGGGCCGAAAGUGACCCAGUUCAAGAAAGGCGACAAAGUGGUGACCUUGUUCAACCAGCUGCACCAGUACGGUCCUGUCGACACGCAGAGCACCAAAUCCGGUCUCGGUGGUGUCAUUGAUGGUACUCUGCGCCAAUACGGUGUUUUCAACGAAAACGGCCUGGUCAGGGCUCCCAGGAAUCUAAACUUCAUCGAGUCGAGCACCCUUACGUGCGCUGCUGUCACCAGCUGGAAUGCUCUGUAUGGCAUGAACGCUCUUAAGCCGGGUGAGGUUGUUCUGGUGCAAGGAACCGGCGGUGUUAGCAUGUUUGCCCUGCAGUUCGCUAAAGCAGCUGGAGCUACUGUUAUUGCUACGACCUCCUCUGACGCGAAGUCCAAGAAGCUCAAGGAGCUUGGAGCGGACCAUGUCAUUAACUACAAGACGAACCCCAACUGGGGCGAAACCGCUCGCUCUCUGACUCCCGACAACGUCGGUGUCGACCACAUUAUCGAAGUGGGAGGCUCUGGAACUCUUUCUCAGAGUUUGAAGUGCAUCAAGUUCGAGGGCACAAUCAGCAUCAUUGGUUUCCUCGGAGGUGUCGAUCACAAGGGUCAGCCCGGCAUGCUUGAAGCACUCAACCACAUCUGCACCAUUCGGGGUGUAUAUGUCGGAAGCAAGGCUUUGAUGAACGAUAUGAUCAAGGCCAUUGAGGUGAAUAACAUCCACCCGGUCGUUGACGAGAAGGUUUUCCGUCUCGAUCAGGCCAAGGAAGCUUAUGAAUACAUGAUGCAGGUCAGCACAAAGUAUACGUCGAUUCGGCCCAUCAUCGGCCCGGGUCGCCAUCAAAUGCCAUCACAGCUUCAGUUCUACCGUCCCGCGCAGAUGAGUCUGUUUGCGCGCGUGACGUGCUAUCCGCCUCUGGGGCAGGUCACUUCUAUACCAAGGGUACAGAAGGCCUUGCAGUCGGAAAAGGAUGAUACGCUUCGCUUUACCGUGGUAAUUGAAUCAAGCAGCUUAUUCCCAGAGCAGCCAUGGGAAGCGCAGAUCUGGCAUAAUCUCGCCAGCUCCGAAUGGACGGCACUCACGCUGAAGAAAUGUGAGCCCAUUGUAGCUCCUCUGAUGAACGGGGACGAGGAAGAUUACAAGUACCGUCGCUAUGUCUUCUCCGAGGACCUCGCUCUCCCUGCUACCGGGGGCCAUGCGCAGUUCACGGUUCGAUUUCGAGCCGCUCCAGAGGCAGCAUGGCAAUGGGUGAACCAACAACGUCAUAUCAAUGACGGGGAGCUGGUAUUUGCGUCGCGGACUUCUCAGUUCGACACGGGUGUUUCUUCAUCUGUUGCUACGGAUCCCUUUCGGGCUCCGUCCUCUAGUCCUUAUGCGAUGGCAAAUGCAUCUACAACGUCAGAUAGAGAAGGGUUUGGCAAGUACUUCGAUCAUCUCUCGACUGAGGUCGAGGUCGAGUCGCGUACGAGUGAGGCCCCUAGUUCUCUUUUGUGGAGCCUUUCUGGAUCAGUAGAAGCGGCCAAAGAGGGCCAGUCGGGGUUCAAGCAGGUCGCUUUGGGCCAACCAUCCUCGAUCGCUCGUUAUUUUGCCCUAGUGCGGGUCUGGAUUCCAUGGCUUGGGCCUAGACAUGGAAAGAAGAAUUUCAGCUUGACAGAGGAUGCCGUAUUAUGUUCCUUCCUGCGGACCGACGGUUCCCAUCUGGUUCUUCUGGCAGUCUCAGGGAUUGGUGAUGUCCUGACUGUGUUUGCUUCGAACGAGAAAGGGGAAGUCGUGAUCAAGGCGAAGAGUGAUCACACUGAAGCAAGCAAGUUUCAGGUUCUUGCUUCUGCCGCCGAUGAUUUCGAAGUAGCAAUGAGCGCUGUCAUAUACGAAGCUCGGAAAAUGGUCAGGCCGUACGCUACGGAGGCUAUGUCUGAUCAAUCACCGACUCCGGCCUCGCCCACCGACGACGAUAUUGUGGUCGUUGAAAAGGACCCUAAGGCGCAAUGGAUGUCGGAAUGGUAUGAUGGUCUGGCCUACUGUACUUGGAACGGGCUGGGGCAGAACCUGACCGAAGAAAAGAUCCUUUUCGCUCUGGACUCCUUGAAGGAGCAGGGAGUCAAAAUUUCAAACCUGAUCAUCGAUGAUAAUUGGCAGGCUCUGGACAAUGAAGGCGAGUCGCAGUUCAAGAGGGCGUUGGCCCGUUUCGAGGCAGAUUCCAAAGCCUUCCCGCAGGGACUCAAACGGACUAUAGAGACCGUCCGGCAGAAGCACCGAAAUAUCCAGCAUAUCGCUGUCUGGCAUGCCCUCUUUGGGUACUGGGGUGGAAUUUCGCCAGACGGGGACCUUGCUAAAGAGUACAAGACUAAAGAGGUGCGGAUUAUGGAUCCGGCCGCAGGAGAGCCCAUUGCGCACGCCUUCGAAAAGGGAUCAUUGCUGGCAAUUGACCCAGAAGACAUCCAGCGCUUCUAUGAUGAUUUCUACAGCUUCUUAACAUCUGCUGGUGUGGAUUCGGUCAAAACAGACGCCCAGUUUUUCCUUGAUCUGCUGAAAGACCCCGAGGACCGGAGACGGUUUAUGAACGCUUACCAGGACGCAUGGUCCAUUUCCUCGCUGAGACACUUCAGUACGAGGGCGAUCUCGUGCAUGUCCAUGAUCCCCCAAGCCAUCUUUCACUCCCAGCUCCCAACAAAUAAACCUCAGAUCCCUCUGCGCAACUCAGAUGACUUCUUCCCGGAGAUCCCGGCAUCUCACACAUGGCAUGUAUUUUGCAACGCACAUAAUGCACUCUUGACACGGUACCUCAACGUCCUGCCUGACUGGGACAUGUUCCAGACGUGCCAUCCCUACGCUUCGUUCCAUGCAGCUGCACGAUGCCUCUCAGGCGGCCCGAUAUACAUCACCGACGAACCCGGCAAACACAGCCUACCGGUCAUCAACCAGAUGACCGCGCCCACUAUCCACGGGUCAACAGUCAUCCUCAGACCCAGCAUCGUGGGACGCACGCUAGACAUGUACCACGAUUUCAACGAAGGCAACAUCCUGCGCAUCGGAACGUACACCGGGUGGGCCAAGACAGGCAGCGGCAUUCUGGGACUCUUCAACAUCCACGCCGCGGGAGCAUCUUGCAUCGUACCCUUGCGCGAUUUCCCAGGCAUUCAUCAAGAUUCAAGCGGGCAGUACAUUGUCCGCGCGCACACAAGCGGCAAAAUCACCGACCUGAUGCGUCCCUCCGACGACAACGCCCUCGUAUCGAUCGUCCUCGAACAGAAAGAAUGGGAGAUUCUCACGGCCUUCCCGACCAAAUCCUUUACCCUCAAGGGGAGUAGAGGCUGCAACGCGGAUGGCACCAGCCUCACCCACGUCGCUAUCUUGGGCCUGCUGGGUAAGAUGACCGGCGCAGCCGCCGUGGCGAACGGCGACAUCUUCAUGGCGGAGAACGGCCGGCUGCGUUUUGACGUCAGCCUCAAAGCUCUGGGGACUCUAGGUAUUUAUUUUUCUGACUUGCAGGAUUGGAGUAUUGCCAGAAACUUUAUGGUGACGAUCCGUGGCCAAGCUGUGCCGAGGAAGACGGUUUGGAAGGAGGGGGGUGCUCAUGCUAAGGUUCUGGCGGUUGAUGUUCAGGCGGCGUGGAAGGCAAUGAAAUUGGAUAGUGGAUGGAAUAAUGAAGUCCUUGUGCAGGUCUUUGUUGGAUGA